GCCAGUCUUUGAUAACAGACCUAACAGCCCUCUUUUCCGAAAACUACGACAACUUCAGCAUCUCCGGACGAAUUCCUCCCCCAAAACCCUUGCUUUCAAUCGAAUCUCUUCCAAUUCAAUCCGAAUUCAUCUACCUGGCGUGUCCUCUGCCCAAUUUCAUGCUCCCCAUGGCCUCAAAUGGCACUUCUCCGAGUUUGGGAGACACAGAGAGUAGUUUGGAGAGGAUCAAGCGGCAGCUGACUUCGGGCUCCGGCAAGCAUCUACUGCAGGGUCCGCUUCUCAAGCGAUCAGAGACGUUGAGGAAGUGGAAUGAGAGAUGGGUGAUCCUAGACCCAACAACAGGAAAAAUGGAAUACAAAUUGCGGAGAAGCGAGGCACUUGUCAAGGGAACAAUAAUUUUUGAUUCAAACAGUACAAUCACUGUGUCCCCAGUGAAUUUCCAUGGCCUUCCAAAGUAUGACGGCUGCUGUUUUUAUAUUGGGACCCCACAGAAAAAGGAAUACUUUCUGUGUGCAGAAACUCCUGGUGCUGCAAGAGCGUGGGUGUCCACUCUACAGGCAACUCAGUUGGUACUACGGGCACACAAAGAGGCUGUCAAUUCUUUGAGUGGGAGUGGCUCUGCCAAGUUAGGAACAGUUGCUACUGUUGUUGCAGCUGCCAACUCUACCGCUGUUGAAGCUUCUAAAGAAAUUGAAGCAGCCAUGAAGAUCUCCAUGAGAGCUGCUCUCGGUUUGAUUACCAAUAGACCAAAUGAAGGUCAAUUGGAUGAUUUAACAAUCAUGAAGGAGACUCUCCGAGUGAAAGAUGAAGAGCUACAACAACUGGCUAAAGAACUUCGUGCUAGAGAUUCAACCAUAAAAGAGAUUGCUGAAAAGUUAACAGAGACUGCUGAAGCCGCUGAAGCUGCUGCAGCUGCUGCACAUGUUAUGGAUGAUGAGAGACGACUUGCAUGUGCUGAAAUUGAGCGGCUAACAAUAGAUGCAGAGAAAGAAAAAAUUGUUAUUCUACAAAAGUUGAAAGAAUCUGAGGAUAAGGUCUUGACCCUAAGCAAAGAGAAAGAAGAUCUGUUGAAGCAGAGAGAUUCUGCAUCUCAGGAGGCACAUUUGUGGCGUACAGAAAUUGCAAAAGCUAGAGAGCAUGCCGUGCUGUUAGAAGCUGCUGUUGUCAGAGCUGAAGAAAGGGCCAGGGUUGCAGAGGCAAGUGCUAUGGCUAAAUUGAAGGAUGCAGCAGAUCAAGCAACCAUUGCUGCAAAAGAGAAGGAAGACCUCCUAGCAUUAGUGAAUAUGUUGCAAUCACAAGUUCAGAGAGAAGAGAGCAAUACAAAGCAGGUUUUGGAGCAGAGAUCAGAGUCAUGCUCCGGAACUGAUGACACACUUCCUAUGACAAAGCAUGUGGACUUAUCAGAUGAUAAUGUGGAUAAAGCUUGUCUUAAUGACUCGAGAGUUGAGUUUCGCUCGAUCGGUGAUGCUGAAUGGAGCGACAUCCAGUCCACUGACGCAACAGAAGCUGAUGUCAGAGAGAUCUCCCCAGAAGGAGAUGGAAGAAGUUUGGAUAUUCCCAUUGUGACUCACCACGUCGACGAACAUCAUCACAGCGGGAAUUUCCAACCAUAAAGAGCAAAAAAAUAGGAAUUUUUCUAUCCCUUAAAUCUAGCUUGUUUUCCAAAUGUCAAUGUGUAUUACUCACUGAAUAUACAGGCAAAUAAGGGCUGUGAUUUAAUAUCCCUCUCAGAAAAGCCGGUUAUUUGAAUAUACAGUUGAAGAAAGGUCUUGCAGAUUGAGCCUGUUGAGAUGUUAUAUAUGUUGUGUUUGUUGAAGAGCAGCAUUAGAUGGUUCAUGUUGGCUGCAAAUACUUUGAUGGUUUGUAAUACAAUUGAAGGAGAUUACUCAUUAUGGGAGUUAGUAUAAAAUUUUAUUUGUUGAUUUGA